AUGUUGACGAACCGUUACCCACAUGGUGUUAAAUUCCAUUUCGUGAAGGAUAAAGAUGGUGACACUGUAAUUAAUCCACCUCAGGAUGACAUAACUUGUAAUACUGCAGAUGAAAAUGUAGAAAGAACAAACACUCCUUUACAGUCUUCUCAACAUCAUGGAGAUAAAAAAUCCAAUUAUAACGGUCAGUGGACAGAAGAAGACAUGGAAUGUGCUAUGAAAGAUGUUGAAGACAAUUCAUAUUCCAUCAGAGCAGUUGGAAAAAAGUGGGGAAUUCCUACGAGCACUUUAAUAUUUUGGCUUUCAGGGCUGACAACAACAAAAAGAAGAGGUCCACCAAUGAUCCUUUCGUUGGAAGAAGAGCUAGAAAUUGUUGACUGGUGCAAAGAUAUGGUGCAACUUGGUCACGGAUUAGAGAUCAUUCAACUAAAGUCACAUGUAGCUCAUAUAUGUGAAACAAGGCCAAAUCCAUUCAAGAAUGGUUUCCCAGGUAGAUCAUGGUGGAUAGGUUUCUGCAAACGCCAUCCAGAUUUGACAAUAAGGACUGCAGAGGGUGUGCAAGCAGGCAGGAACUACGGGAUGCAAGUAAUUGCAAAGUUGGGUAGUAGAAGUGUCCCACAAAUUUUAUCAAAGAGCAGAGAGUGGAUAACAAUUUUAUGUUGUGUUAAUGCAGUAGGUCAUAGCAUUCCAGGAUUUUAUCUUUUCAAGGCCAAAAGACAACUUAAAAACUACAUUGCCAACUAUGAACCGGGAGCAUGUAUGGCUGCACAACCACAUGCUUGGAUGACAAAAGAAUUUUUUUUAAAUUGGCUAUAUCACUUUGCCAGAUCUAUUUCGGGUGGAGUUUCACCCACAAACAGACAUCUCCUUAUAUUUGACAGUCAUCGAAGCCAUGUUGCUUUGACCACAAUCCAUGAAGCAAGAUCUCUUGGUAUUGAUCUUCUAACAUUGCCUGCCCACACCAGCCACAAAUUGCAGCCUCUAGAUGUGAGUGUGUUCUCUCCAUUCAAGGCACAUUUCAAAUCUGAAAGGUCAAAAUGGAUGGCCAAACAUCCACACAUAGAAAUAAGGAGAAUUGAAUUGGCAGAACUUGCAAGUAAAGCAUUCAAACAUGCCCUGACAUCUGAAAACAUCACAGCUAGUUUCUGA